CGGUGCCGCCCAGGCGGUGCCGCCCAGGCAGCGCCGGGAGGCGGCGGGCACGGGCGGGCGCUCCGCUGCCGCUCCGCCACCACCGGCACCGGCAGGACCGGGAGCGGGGCCGGGCCGGGCAUGCACAGCGCCCGCCCGGACGCGUGCCCGGGCCAGCUCGGCGCCGACCGGCGGUGCCAGCGGGAGGCGGGGGCGGUGCCGUGGGCACAUAUGCACGGCACACGGCAGGCGCCCCACCACCCUGGAGGGGCACCGGGGCCAGCCCCCCGCCCCCCAUGCCCCCCGCGCCCCGGCUCGGCGGCGGACUCAGCCUGCAGUGUGGAGCCAGGGGGGGGGGAGGAGGAGGGUGAGGGACCAGCCGCCCGCUCCCCCCCAGGCAGCGAGCGCAGCCUGGAGUUCGACUCUGGGUACUCGGAGGCCUCGGGGGGCACGUGGCGGGAGGAGGAGGCACCUGUGCGGCGCCGGCACCCACCACCCUGCCAGCGGGCACACCGGCUCUCUGCUGGCCCCACGGCCCCGCCGGCUGCCCCCGCCCGCCGCCCCCGCCCCAAAUCCACCUCUGAUGCCUGUCUGGAGCAGUGGCGGGUGCUGGAGCCAGCUGAGACACAGGACUGGACUGUGGCACUGCUGUCGCAGAGCCGGAACAGGCAGCCCCUGGUGCUGGGCGACAACUGCUUUGCUGACCUGGUGGAGAACUGGAUGGACCUGCCUGAGGUGGGCACUGAAUCCCACCACCGAAACCCCACUGAGCCUUCCCGCCGGCUGACCAAGCCCCCUGCCUUCCUGCUCAGCCUCUCGGGCAACGUACGCCGUAAGCUGGCCAACAUUGCCCGGCCCCGGGGAGCUGAGAGUGCCCGGCCAGGGGGCCGUGAAGCCACGAAGCGUUUCUCCUGCCCCCUGGGACUGGGGGGACAGCCCAAGGGCGCCUGCUUCCACCAGUCCCACAGCAACAUUGCCCAGUUGGCCUCGGACUUCCACCGCUUCACUGCUCUCAUGAACAGCCGCAGCCGCCAGCCCAUCAUCUGCAACGACGUUAUCGGCUACAUUUAGCCCUGCCUGCACCCUUCUCCACUGUAAAUAAACCCUGGUUUUGUAUGGUA